AUGGCUGUUGUGAAGGGUUAUGGAGGUGAUGGUGGUGAUGAGCCACCACAUCCGUUCGGUGGAGGUUUUGGUGAUCACCAGAUCGAUGCUAACGGGCAACGGCCUCUGAAGAUAUUAUUUGACAUAAAUACGCACAUGCUGAUUGGGGAAGUAUACGGAUGUUUCAUUCGGGAGGUUCGGAGCUAUAUGUGGUGCGACAUCGGUUUCGAUAAGGACACAUGGACAGACGUUUCUGAAGCCGAAAGGGUUGGCAUGUUCGAGUAUCUUUCGUGUGAGAUUACCGGACCAGUAGCCGACCAGUAUUUUUAUCAGCAAUCUAAGUCUGCAUGGUAUUCUUGUAGUGUAAAUCCUUCCUCCGGUUUAGAUCCUUCCUCAGGUUUAGAUCCUUCUAGUAGUGUAAAUCCUUCCUCCGGUUUAGAUCACUCUCCGGGUCAUGAAGACCAGUUGCCCUUGUGUCCCACAGGUGGAUACAACGGUAUAAAAGCAGUCCAGUUUCCUUGUAGCAGAUUUUUCAAAAUUAUUGGUUCGUAUGAUGGAAUUUUCUUUUUGAUUGAGAGUCAGAAGGGAAUUAGUCUAUGGAACCCUUCAAUAAGGCGCCGACAAAGCCUGUCUAAUUGUCUGUGGAGCCCUUCAGAAUGGUUUGGGCUUGGGCUUGGGUUUGGUUUUGACCCAGUCAGUGAUGAUUACAAGAUUGUCUAG